AUGUUUCUGAGGGCCAGCAACUUGAGCCAUCAAGUCAUGGCUGAAGUAGUGGAGAAAGUAAAGGCCUGGGAGAACGAGGCAGAAGCGCUGAUUUCAAAACCAUUCAUAGACGUAUAUCAAGACCUUGUUAAUGAUGCGGGAGAACUCGAAAUAGACGUAACUGAUGAAACAAAAAAAAUGCAAGAAAAAAUUGAUUCCUUGAAACGUUGGAAGGACGAGGUGGCUUCCAAUUUUUUGAAACCAAACAGCUCUAUUACACUGAUGGAGGCUCUGUCACCAAGGGCUAUAAUCGAUGUUGAGGAAAAGGAGAACAUCCCUGAAAACGAAUUCGUCAUCAUCCAUGGAGUGAAGUUAAGUGGAAUCACCGCUCCUCAUGUAGUGGAUGCAGCUUUUAAGAAGGCUGAAGAAAUUGAGUUGGAUCAAAUUCAAAAAAUAAGAAUCGCAAACUGUAGAAAAAGAGCUGACAACCAGGCACCAUACUGCAUUUGCAAGAUGAAAGGCGUGAGAGGAGUUAUGUUAGAAUGUGCUCUCUGCAAGGACAAGUAUCACUGUUCCUGUCUAAAUAUUGGCGAUGAUAGGCCUACCAGGAUGACACGUGUAGAACGUGCAGAACUGGAUGAAAAGAAAUUCAUCUGUCCACCUUGUCAUAGGACCAAACGCCCCACGUUCGAUAAUCUAGUCAAGCUGGAAAAGUCAUUGAAGAAGAUCCAACUCCGCAUUCCUGAAGGAGAAGCCCUGAGGAGAUUGACUGAACGUGCAAUGGACUGGCAGGGUCGAGCGAGAGAAAUGCUGAAUUCGCCUGAACUUUUACCGGUUUUACGUGUACUGAACGUUCCCUUGCCAGAGUGUAUUGUCCCUAGGCCAGUUAAACCUGCGAAACGGGCAAAAUCAAAACCAGAGGAAGUUCUUUCUGUGACUGAACAUCAUCACGCACACCAUACUACUGGUAAAGUUGUGAGUAAGGACUUGGAUGCGACCGGCUUCAAGCAGCUGAAACAAUUGAUGAUAGAAGGCGAACUCAUGGGAAUCGACUUUCAGGAGUCCAGUUUGAUAUGGCGACUUCUACAGAUAUUUAAACACUACUUUUGGAAUGUUUGGGACGAUGCCUUUGAAGCAGCAGAACAAACUCACAAUGACAGAUCUGCAGUGCUGGCGGAAAUGAGGUGGCGCACUCGCAUGCCGAGUUGGAAUAAACUUACCCAAAAAGCCAGCCAAACUACCAAAACUACUGAACAGAAACCGACCCAGCGCAGAAGAACUACCAAACCGGCUCAACAAACUACCGAAACUGCUCAACAGAAACCGACCCAGCGCAGAAGAACUACCAAACCGGCUCAACAAACUACCGAAACUGUUCAACAGAAACCGACCCGACCGAAACGAACUACCGAAACUACUCAACAGAAACCAAACCGACCCAGCCGAAGUACCGAACAGUCUCAACAAAAACCGAAACAGACUAAGAGGAAGCCGGAAACAAUCACUUCUACUGGCCGCCAGCCUAAGAGGGUGAAAGAGUCGGAAGGUGCUAAGAAUGAUGAAAACAGCUUGGAGGAGUGUGCCAAUAUACCCUGCUCGCGUCCAAAAGGAGAGAAGGUGAUGUGGGUGCAGUGUGAUGGCUGCGAGUUGUGGUAUCAUAUGAAGUGUGUGAGAAUGAAGAAAAAUGACCUUGAAGACGACGAACCAUAUUUUUGCCACGUUUGUAGAUCUAAAAAAUAAGAUUAUAAUUUUUCAUUGUCAAGAAGAAAAUGUCUAAUUUUAGGAUUUUUCAUAUUAUUUGUACUUAUUUAAGCUAAGUUAUUGUUCUUACUAAAGUUGAUUCUACCAAGGAAUCUAGUAUAAGAUUUAUAGAAUACUUGUAUUUUUUUUCAUUUUCUAAAAAGUCUGGGUCCUCAUCACACUGCGUUGCUCAAGGAAGCAACUUCAUUGUCUAAUUGUAGGAUUUUUCAUAUUAUUUGUACUUAUUUAAGCUAAGUUACUGUUCUAAUUAAAGUUAA